UUUUUUUAUUACAGCCACAACAGCUGAACUUCACCAGUUGCUGAGAAGCGGAGAAGUGUGGAACCAACGCUAUUUGUAUGAACGUGCUGGUGAAGAUUCUCAGUCAUCCAGGUCAUGUUUUUUACUCUUUUUGGAAUAUUUGUAUGACACUGUUGCACACGAGUAGGUCAACAGAAGCAAAGGGGGUGACGGCUUGUAGUGACAUCGUAGCUGAAGGAACUCUGCGGUGACAAUGAAAACAUCUCUCAUUAAAAAAAGGUGCGGCAUAAAAUGAGAAUAUCAUCAUAGGUUUUUUCUAACAAUCCUUGACUUUUCAAUGUCAAAUUUUUCAACGCCAAAUCUAUUUUUCGAUGUCAUUGUUAGUGAUUUUUCAAUGUUUAAUUUUUUAGUGUUUGAUUUUACAAUACACUGUUUUAGCUCCGUAAGACUCCUUUAAACAUUAGUACACUGGCGCUGCGGUAUCUCCUGCCCACAAUCCAGUCCAGCAGGUGGCAGUAAUGCGCCUCAAUAGUUGGUCUGCCAACUGCCAUUAAACAUCACAGGAAGAAGUAGAAGCUAGCUGCACCACGCAGCUGUACUGCGCAUACCCGGAAAAACAAAGAGGCUAAGAAACUAGCAAAGCAUGGACAAGAGGUUAAGCGUAGUUUCUUUACAACCAUGAGAGGUGGCAGCCACAGAGUUGGAAGAGCUACAAGAAAGAGGAGACAGAAACGGGAAAGUGCUUUCCAUUCAGUCUCUCUAAGUCAUCAGCCGCAGUAUGUAAGUCUCAUGAGGUUUCUUCACCAGAGGGGAUUCACUUCAACGCUCCUUCAGCCGGCACUGUUCUCUGACACAGGCAGAGGACUGCAGACUCUUCAAACUAUCAAGCCAGGCGAACGGCUCAUUUCUCUCCCAGAAUCCUGUCUCCUCACAACAUCCACCGUCCUGAACAGCUACCUGGGACAGUACAUCAAGAGUUGGAAACCCCGCCUGUCGCCUCUCUUGGCGCUUUGUGUCUUUCUGGUGUGUGAGCGCCAACGCGGGGAGGCGUCUGAUUGGUUCCCUUACAUCGACGUGCUGCCCACCUCUUACACCUGCCCUGCGUAUUUCUCAGACGGGGUCGUUGACGUUCUGCCAGCCGCUGUUAAGAGGCGGGCCUUGGAGCAGAGGGAGGCGGUGCGUGAGAUGCACUCCUCCAAUCAGGACUUCUUCAGGACUCUGCAGCCGGUUGUGAGCCAGCCCACAGGAGACGUACUAACCUACGAGGCACUGAGGUGGGCAUGGUGUAGCGUGAACACGCGCUCCGUCUUCAUGUCCCGGCCGUCCAGCAGCUUCCUGUCUGGACCAGAUGAUUACGCCUUAGCUCCGUUCCUGGACCUCCUUAACCACCGUCCUGACGUGCAGGUAAAAGCAGGUUUUAAUCACCAGACCAAAUGCUAUGAAAUCAGGAGCGUUUGCGGGACUCCGCGCUACCGGCAGGCGUUCAUCAACUACGGUUCCCAUGACAACCAGCGCCUGCUGCUGGAGUACGGAUUCGUCGGCAUGAACAAUCCUCAUAGCGUUGUUUAUGUGGAAACGGAUCUCCUAUGGGACCUUUUAAGAGGCGAUAAGAGUUUGGAUCAGAAGAUUAAGUUCCUCAAAGAGAAUCAUUUCCUCCAUAAUCUCACCAUCUCCAGCGAAGGUCCCAGUUGGAGGCUGAUGGUGGCUCUCAGGCUGUUAUCUCUGCCACAAACACUUUACCACCUGUGGCGCCCAGUUCUGCUCGGUCAGGUUGUGGGUGAAAAGACGGAGACGAAAAGCAGCCAGAUAGCCAGGGCUUUAUGUCAACAGCUGCUGAAAGAUGCACAGGCGGCUCUAGAAAAGAUUUCCCACCUUUUGGCCCAGAGCGAGCAGCCAAUCAGAGAGCAGCUGGAGGCGGUGAGGGCGUUGCGACAGGAGGAGAGGUGGAUCCUGGAGAGCUGUCUUACAGCGCUGAAAGACUCAUCACAUCUACAUGAUGACAUGUCCCCAGGAAAAACAAACGAUGGAGCCCUGAGCUGACACUGGACCGAUUCCUCCAUUCUCAGUUGCUGUGUCGAGCCACUUUACGGGCUGAGCUGCUUCCUGCCCAGAAGGCAGAAAGACUGAUGUGCUGCAAGCAGAGCAUGGCAGGCCUUAUCUGAGGAAUAGAAGAGCAGCUGCCAUCCAGGAAGCUCCAUCAUGAGCUUAGAAACUUUGUGAAAGUGUUCAUACCAUGGGAACUUUUCCACUUCUCCAAAAGACGACCACAAACUUCAGUGAAUUUUAUUGUGGUUUUAUGGGAUAGACCAACACAAAUAGUUCACAAUGGUGACAUGGAAUAAAAAGAUGAGUUUUUAGAAAUGUUUAUAAAUAAAAUGUGGAAAAUGUG